GAAACUUCGGUUGAAAUUAAAUUGACCUUAACAAAACUAAAAAAAAAUAGCAAUCAAAAUCCUCCAAAUAUUCUCCUACAAUAAAUUAUAUACUUCCGUGGGACUCGUCACCGCCACUGCCACUGCCACUUUCACCGUGAUGCCAAGCGCCACUGUCAACAGCCGCCGGCCGAUCGAGCUCCUCUCGCGGUUGGCCUCCGACGAGCCAGAGGUGAAGGUCAGGGCCCUUCGCGAGGUUAAAAACCAAAUAAUAGGGAAUCGUACCAAGAAGCUUUCCUUCCUCAAGCUAGGCGCCGUCCCCGCUGUCGCCGGCAUCCUAGCCGAUUCUGCCGAUGACGUCAUGGACAGCAACUGCGACAACAACAAUGUUAACAACAUUCUGGUCCAGUCAGCCACGGUUCUCGGUAGCUUCGCUUGUGGCUUCGAUGCCGGAGUACAAGCUGUGCUUGACGCCGGCGCCUUUCUUAAUCUCUUGCGGCUUCUCUCAAAUUCUAAUGAAAAGGUGGUAGAUGCUGGUGCUCGUGCCCUAAGAAUGAUUUAUCAAUCAAAAUUGGCCCCAAAGUAUGAUUUCCUUCAACGGAAAAACAUGGAGUUCCUUAUCUCACUACUGAAUAGUGAGAAUGAAAAUGUCAGUGGACUUGGUGCAAGUAUAAUUACUCACUCUUGUAAGACUAGUUUAGAGCAGAAGGCAUUGUUUGAUGCUGGUAUUCUAAGGAAGCUGGAUAGUCUUCUUGAAGGUGGUUCUUUAAGUCAGAGAGAUGCUAGUUUAGAGUCUAUAGCCGCAAUAUUUAAGAAUAAUCCUGAAGUUAUUUCGAAAUUUGCUGGACCUGAAAUUGGAAGACCUUUGAGUUCUGUUAUUGAUCUAGUGAAGGAUAGGUACCCUCGAACAAGGUUGCUAGCUUGCAUGUGCUUGAUUGUCAUAAGGAACACUUCUCCCCACUUCUUGCAAGAUUUAGGGAUCAAAACUACAUUAAUACAUAUUUUACUUGAGCUUCUUGAUGAUCCUGGUCAAGUUGGAUAUGAGGCUCCUUUUGCUUUUUCCAGUUUAAUUGCACAAAGGGAGGACAUUCAAAAAUUAGCUCUUGAGGCCAAUGCUAUUGAUAAACUACAUCACCACUUACAAAAAGGCCCAUUGCAUCCCAGACAUUAUGAGGGUAUAUUACUUGCAUUAGCUGAUAUGUGCUCAAAGUUGGAGAGUUGCAGGUCUAAGUUCCUCUCAUUGCAGGUGUUGAAUUUGGUAACUGAUGCACUAACUGAUAAUAGUGCUGAUGUACGCACUGCAGCUUGUAUAUGUUUGAAAAGUGUCACUCGAUCAAUCAAGAAUUUGAGUGCAGGUCAUUUUAUGAACGAAAUUAUUGUGAUUCCUUUGGUUCAACUUUUUCUUGACCCUUCAACUUCUGUCCAGGUUGCUGCACUUGGUGCUAUUUGCAACGUAGUGGUUGAUUUUACAACACGUAAGUCUAUUUUUAUACAAUGUGGAGGGAUAAAACAGCUGGUUGAGUUAGCAAAGUCUAUGGAAUCGGCUGUCAGGUCAAAUGCUUUGUGGGCUUUGAAGAACUUUGUAUUCCUAGCAGACAACAGGUUGAAAGAAGAUGUUUUCUCAGAGCUUACUGCAUCGAUGUUAUCAAGCCUUAUCUGUGAUCCAGAGCCUUGUGUGCAAGAGCAAGCUUUGGCCCUGGUUCGUAAUCUAGUUGAUGGAUAUAUAAACUCAAUUGAGUUUGUGUUUGCUGAAGAUGGCCUUAUAUUAGGGGCCAUUGGAAGACAAUUACAGAGUUCUUCAAAGGCUGAGAUAGGGAUACAGGGAAUGUAUGCACUAUGCAAUGUGGCGAGUGGGAACGAGUUUCACAAGGAAGCAGUAAUGCACCAACUCUUUCCACAAACAGGUGACAAGAAUCAAUCUUAUAUGAUUAAGUUUUUGCUGAGUAAUGAUAGCCAGUUACGUACGGCAACUGUCUGGACAAUAGUGAAUCUUACUUGUCCAUCGAGUCCUGGUGCAUCUGGCCGGCUUGAAAAACUGCGCAAUGCUGGGAUAGUUUCUCAAUUGAAGAAUAUGGUUAAUGAUUCAUGUGUUGACGUUAAGCUCCGUGUGAGAACAGUGCUGGGGCAAUCUAUGGGCUUUGGGGACAAUUAAACAUGUUCAUGCUCAUUCAUUACUUGAACACAAAAAGCAAAGAGAUUUUGAGGCAGUUUAUUUUUCAGUCUUCACCGCAUCGUUUUGUAAGAUAUUUUCAAGGCUUUCUCUUGUGGCUUGUAACCAAAUGGCACAGCACAUCGCUUUCAGUUCUGUUUUUUUUCCCAGUCGGAGCUGUGUGGGAGCCUCAUCGUUCUCGGUAUCAACUGUCAGUUUACAUUAAAAUAUUGCAUUAUAAUGAUACAUACAUUUUGGGUUGAUAAUUUUUGUAUGUAUCAAUUGAGCAUCGUACAUAUAAUAAUAGUGUACCAUGAGAAGUUGUAGAUAUUGCCUGUCAAAUUAGUGUAUCACUUUAAUGAAUGGCUUUGUUGUUUUCUGCCGCAAAAGUUUGCUCCUUGCUUAAGAAUGCUACCAUUUGGCAAAACUGUUACACUCUUUUGAAGUGUUGUUGUUGAUGGUUUUUUUUUUUUGUCCUGAAAUUUUUUGGUAUAUUAUAGGAUACUGAAUAGAAUUGCUGAAACUGUUACAGAAAAUUUAAAAUAAGUG